AUGGAACCCGAAGGCGCCUUGGACGACAAGAGCACGCGCUGGGCCGUCAUUGGGCUUGCGAUCGGCGCGGGUGUCCUGUUUCUAUCCGCGCUUGUUUUCAUAUGGGUGUUUUGCUUUAGACAACGUGGGCGGCAGGGGGAAACAGCGGCGCCGAAACGCCAUGCGCGCGUGCAGAACCCCCUCAUUCAGAACCCGCCGCGAUCGAGCUUCCAGUGCCGGCUAGACUCACAGAGGGGAAGCGGCCUGUCCGCCCCACGCGAGGGCCUGCAGUGGGGGGAUGAGCCCCCGCGGGAUGCGUGGCGGAACCCAAAAACGGGCUCCUUCCGGCGGCCUCAGUCCGGGGGGGCGGCGGACCGGCCGCGCCUCUCCUACGCGCAGGGGCUUGUGCCGAUGCAGCGCAUCGCGACGCAGCCGUGCCUGGUGCACGUGGGCGGCUACCCCGUCGCGCAGCUGAUGGGGCAGUCGGCUUCAGAGCUGCAGUGGCAGCAGCCGGGCGGCGAGCUCGUCUCGAGUGGGUACCUGAGUCCGCUCCCCGCGUACGAAGCCUCCUCCUCACCGUUAAGCCCGGCGCCUGAGGAGGUCGCUGACAGCCCUGCGUCGCCGCCGGGGGAGGAAUCGCCCACCCCUGAGUUUAGACGCCGGGCCUCGCAUGUCGUCUUCGUUGGGGCGUAUAAAGUUUAG